AUGGCCUUUCUAUCCUCCACGGCCGACCAGCGAAAUUUCGCGGCCUCGUCGUCGUCGGGGCCCCUGCUCGCGUCCGUCAGCGGGAGCAAGCUACGACAGGCGCAAGGCGCGUCGAAGCCAGUUGUCGUCCUCGACCUCCCCGCUCUCCAGGCGGGCAGCCGGGUCCUCCAGGAGCAACUGGUGAAAGAUUCCCAGAUAAUUCCUGACUUGGGUGAUAUGAUAUGUGAGUCCGGGACGCCAUCGUCCGCGUCGUACACUGUAUUCCCCGAUGAUCAUCGCGCGCCAUUCCAGAAGAGGAGACACAUAGGAAUCCCCGAGAGCUUGUGGCAAUAUUACACCUCCACCAACCUCGCCACGCAUAUGGGAUUGUUUCCGGAAAUUGACCGCGUCUGGAUCGCCAUUGACCGCAACUUGUUCCUUUGGGACUAUGUGGAUGGCCAGGAGCUGAGCUCAUUUGUGGACCAACCCGACGUAAUCACCCACGUCGCGCUCGUUAAACCCAAAAGUGGCGUCUUCAUUGACGAGAUCACCACACUCUUGGUGAUAUGUACUCCCAUCACCGUACUGCUCAUUGGUGUGUCCACGACGCCCGUACCAGGACCAAAUGGUCAGACGCGCAAGGAGAUCAAGAUGUACGCGACAGACAUGUCUAUCGCUUGCGACGUAGAGAUGUCCGAUGUGGUCGGGACACCCGACGGCCGUAUAUUCAUGGCCGGCUCCCAGGACGGGAAUCUCUACGAGCUUCAUUACCAGGAGAAAGAAGGCUGGUUUGGCAAGCGGGUGCAGCUCAUCAACCAUUCGGUCGGUGGCGUGCAGAGUCUACUUCCGCGUAUUAGCGCUUCCAAUGCGGACGACAGGAUCGUGUCCCUCGUCUCCGACCCAGCCAGGAAUUGCUUCUAUUCUCUGACGGCAAGGAACACCAUCUCUGUAUGGCGGACAAACGGCGACAAGCACGUUCAACAUCUGCAGACCAUCUCGAACCUGUACAAAGCGACCCAGGACAAGGUUCCGGGAUCGCCUGCAUUGACGCCUCAGAACUUCAGCAUCACCGCCCUGCAUGUGAUCGAGCCGAGCGAGUCGCGCUCUGGCGUCCAGCUAGUGGCAAUCACCACCAACGGCGUGCGCUUGUAUUUCUCUCCUGGAUCGACGUACGGCUGGAAUACCUCUGCUGCUCCGGGCUUCCGCAGUCUAUCUCUGGCUCAUGUCCGCCUUCCCCCGCCCAACUUGAUCCAUCCGGAUGAACAGUCGAAACUGUACCGUGAAGGACAAGGGGCUUAUGGUCUGGGCCAAGGCCAGCAACAGCCACCUUCUCGGCCUUGCAUCAUCAAGGUUUUGGAAUAUACCUCCUAUGACCUCGGCAUCACGCUUGCUGUGCAACGAGGAGACGUUGCAGAUACCGAUUACUUGCUCUGCAUGGCUCCGGACCUAACACAGAUCGGCUCUCUUGGACAGGUUCGCGGGCCUCAGGUGCAGCAACCUCAACCACAGUAUGUAAGCCAUGCAUACGGCGCUCCGACUCAAGCAGCCAACCGAAUCCCGCUCACGGAACGUGCAACCCUCGUUCCCAUACCAGGAGUGACUUGGGGCAUAGCACCAGUUCCGCGCUCGAAGUACUCCAUGACUACGACUGCUCCUGCCAAUACCCCUGCGCCCCUGAUCACCAACGAGCUCGCAACCCAGUUCUCCGAACCGGCAAGACAGUACAUCAUCCUCACAAAUGGUGGGCUGCACUGGGUCGCAAAGCGACGGGCUGUGGAUGCACUCAAGGACGCCAUUGAAGAGUACCAGGUGGAAGGCAAUGCUCAGUCACUGAUAGAUCUUCGUGAUAGCUACGGUCGCGACCAAACAUGCGCCAUGCUCUUAGCGAUUGCCAGCGGCAAUACUUUCCUGGACCCCAUGGAGCAGUCUCCGCUCGGUUCUAUGAGCCAGGUGAGCUCGGAGCUGGCGGCUGUCGCAAGACAGGCGUUCUACGACUUCGGUGAACGCCCGACUUGGGCCGAGCGGGUGACGUACGGCACCAGCGAGAGUUCAGGUACGGCCACCUUCAGCGGGCGACGGGAAGGGCUUGCGCUGUACUUCGCGAGACUCGUACGCCCCUUCUGGAAGGUGAAACUCACCAAUGCAGGCGCGAAUGGACUGCAAGAGCUUGGCGUCCCGGAUGAUAUCCUGGUCAUUGCGCAGAAGAAUUUGUUUGCCCUCAAGGAACUUUUGGAUACCAAUCCAUACCUAUUCCAUUCAGCACCCGGCGACCAUACAGGAGCUCGAUCGGCAACUGCGAACGAGCAAGAGGCAUGGAAGGCGGAGCAAAGUUCCGUCUCUCAGCUUUUAAGCUUGCUUGGUCGGACAAUUGAGGCCAUAUCCUUCAUCUUGCUCUUGAGCGACCACAGACUGGGCGAGUUGAUAUCACACUGCGACCCCGAGAUCCAGAAACUUGUCAGUUCUUUGACGUUCGAGGAUCUCAUCACGGUGGACAAGGGCGUCACCGCUUCUCGCGCGCUCGUGAACGUGAUCAUCAACCAGCAGAUUGGCCAGCAGAUCAGCGUUGAUACUAUCAGCGAGGUCCUGCAACAACGAUGCGGCUCGUUCUGCAGCACGGAUGACGUUAUGUUGUACAAGGCACGGGAGAAUAUUCGCAGAGCUGUCGAGACCCGAAACCCCAUGGAGCGCCAAACAUGGCUUGGGGAGUCCCUGAGGCUGUUCAUGAAGGGUGCUCGCAAUCUGGAGUUUGAGAAGCUGCGCGAAAUCUGCGGUGACUACCAACAACUGAACUAUGCCAAGGGCGCUGUGGAGCUUCCUUUGCAUUGUGCGCAAGCGUUCGAUACCGACCUCCAGGGUCAGGAAUAUUGGACUGCUGGUUGCCCUGCGUCGGACUCGCGUGCACAAUUCUGGGAGCGACGGACGCACUGCUAUGAGCUCGUGUUGGACUCGCUCUCGGUGUUCGAAGAGCGAAGUACGUCCAGCAAGCCAAGCGCCUCGGACGACCCAGAGACUGUCAGGGGACAUGCGUAUGAGCUGGCGUUUGCGAGCGAGGACGAGAUGUUCCACUCGACGUUGUACGAUUGGCUCAUCGAGCGGGGAAUGGCAGACGAACUUCUGGAGAUGCGUCCUGCAUACCUCGAGGCCCACCUGCGACGAGAGCCUGUGACAGUCGCGAAGUUCCAGCUGCUAUGGCAAUUCUACGUCAAGGACGGUCAACCUCUUCGUGCUGCGGAGGUUCUUGCUAUAUUGGCAGAGUCCACCGACUUCAACCUCUCUCUCGACAUGCGGCUCGAGUAUCUUACCCUUGCUGUGGGCAACGCGAAGUCGCACCCAGUGUCCGUUGGUGGACGGCACGAGACGGCGAUCGCCUUCCUCACCGAUCUCGAAGAGAAGCUGGAGGUUGCCCAAGUUCAGCUCGAAUUGUACAACACACUGCUACCCCGUCAGCAUGAGCCUGACGUCGUAGAGCGGUUCAAGGCCCUGUCGUUGCGUCUGUACAACAUCACCGAGCUGUACCAGCUCUGGGCGGAGCCUCUCGAUCUGCCUCUCAUCAAGCUCCUCAUCCUCCAUGUCUCCCAGCACCGCGACGAUGCCAUCGUGCGGCCCAUCUGGAACAGGAUAUUUGAGGAAGGCAAGUCAUCGUCGUUCACAACCGAGGAUGCCGAGCCAAAGGUUGCCGCAGAUCGCAUUGUGUCGAAAGUCAUACCCCUUGGGCAGCGAUACUACCCCUCCGACGGUGCCUUCCCCCUACAACACAUCGCAUCGCUUCUCGUCCGCUUCGCACUCGCCCACAAGGGCGAUUUGCCGUACGGAUGGGCACCGCGCAUUCUAGUGCAGUGCGGUGUUCCACACCCAGAAGUGUGGGAUAUCUUGCACGAGAUGUACGAGUCCCAGGUACCACCGUUCAACGAGCAGGCGAACGUACAGGCGAUCUCCUCUGACAUUGCCGUAUUGUUGACGGACUGGAUCGACGAGGCAAAACGCCCGCAAUCCGCUGCGGCCCGCGGCGACUUCCCUGUCUUCCGGAUAGACCAGGCUGUAGAGCAGUACCUUGCAGAGUUGGAGCCGGGACGGACAGAGACAAAAGCGGCGUACGAAGCGAUCAAGCGACAGCUCCGCCGCCACUGGUAGUUGUAAUCAUGGUUGUGUGUUCUCCUUUGUAGUAUCU